AAGGAUUAAUUAAUAUAUCCAAAUCUCAUAAUAAAAAGAUAAUUUUUUAUUUAAUAUUUAUGCCACCUUUGUAAUCAAGAAUAAAUUAGUCUUUCUCAGUUCUAACUUCCAGAAGCCGCCCCAACAGCCAGCCUUCACAACAGCAUACCAAACCCGAAUACCCACCCGGAUCAUCUCACAAAUGCUCCGCGAUUACUGCUGUUGCUUCUACGGAGCUCGGAGCUCCGGCCCAACCGACCGCGAUCCCGUCGUCUUAAUUUCGGGUAUCGCCGGUUCAAUUCUCAAUUCCAAACCGAAGAAGCUCGGGUUUGAGACCCGGGUAUGGGUCCGCAUAUUGUUGGCUGACUUGGAGUUCAAGAAGAAGCUGUGGUCCAUUUACAAUCCCGAUACAGGGUAUACAGAGGCAUUGGAUGAUAAUACUGAAAUUGUUGUGCCUCAAGAUGAUUAUGGGCUUUAUGCCAUUGAUAUUUUGGACCCUUCCGUAAUGCUUGUUGGAUGUGGGUACAAGAAAGGAACAACGUUGUUCGGGUAUGGAUACGAUUUUCGUCAAAGCAAUAGAAUUGGGCAGUUAAUGGACGGCCUAAAAGAGAAACUGGAGGCAGCAUAUAAGGCUUCGGGAGGAAGGAAAGUCAACAUAAUUUCACACUCAAUGGGAGGAUUGCUCGUCACCUGUUUUAUAUCUCUUCAUAGUGAAAUCUUCUCGAGGUAUGUGAAUAAGUGGAUUACCAUUGCCACUCCCUUCCAAGGUGCUCCAGGAUGCAUCAAUGACUCUAUACUUACCGGAUUGCAGUUUGUUGAAGGUUUUGAAAGCUUCUUUUUCGUAUCAAGAUGGUCAAUGCAUCAACUGCUGGUAGAGUGCCCGUCUGUAUAUGAGAUGUUGCCAAACCCUGAUUUCAAUUGGAAGAAGCAACCUGAGAUUCAAGUAUGGAGAAAGCACUCUAAUGAUGGAGAAUCUUCCGUUGAAUUGGAAACGUAUGGCCGUAAUGAAUGCGUCACUCUUUUUGAAGAAGCAUUAAAAAACAAUGAGCUUAAUAUUGGUGGAAAAACAGUAGCUCUCCCUUUCAACGUUGCAAUUCUUGAAUGGGCUGCUACAACUCGAGAACUCAUCAAUAAAACUCAACUUCCGAACGGAGUUUCUUUCUACAACAUAUACGGAACAUCUUUCGACACACCUUUUGAUGUUUGCUACGGUUCUGAAUCUACUCCCAUUGACGAUCUAUCGGAAAUAUGUCACACAUUGCCAGAAUACUCGUACGUAGACGGUGAUGGAACUGUCCCCUCAGAAUCAGCAAUGGGUGAUAAUUUUGAAGCAGCGGAAAGAGUGGGAGUAAGUGCAAGUCACCGAGGACUAUUAACAGACGAGAGCGUGUUUCAGCUUAUCCAGAAGUGGUUACAAGUCUCUCCCAAUACUAAGAAUUCUAAAGUUAUGCAUGCAUACUCUACUUAAUUAGUACUACUAUAAUUAUACUAAUUUAAUACACCUAGUAAUAAUAAAUACACUGUUGUUCUUACUUCCUCCUUCUGCAUUGCACAUAUUUGGCACACGCGAACAUUUAUGUAACACAAGUUCGACGAUCGCUAAUUUGGAUUUUUAUAUUUAAUAUUAGUAUUCUUGCCACGUCA